UGCAUUGAUGAUAUGGUUCAAUCAAGCAAUUUCAGAUAAAAGAGUAAUUACAGGUGAUAUAAUUCUCACUAAAGCUAAAAGAUUUGCCAAAUUACUAGAUAUCAAUGAUUUUAAAGAAGAUGUUUAUAAUUGUGAUGAAACUGGAACUGAAAAACUUCCUCUUUUAUUUAUUCAUAAGUAUCAAACACCAAGAGACAUGCUUGGAGUUGACAAGUCAAAGCUUCCAGUUGAUUACUAUUGGAACACAAAAGCCUGGAUGCAG